CCGAAGGUAUACGGAGGCAUUCGAAUAACUUGCUCAUCUUAGGAAUUUUAGACGCAAGUUUUUUGAUUUUCGAUUGAAGCUGUGGAAAUUGUGGAAUCAAAAUUGAAAAUAUGCCCUCAGUUUUAAGAAUUUCGGCAAAGUUUAUGUGAUAAUGUGUUGAAUUCAACUAGCUAAGUAGUAAUUGAAGAUGGUCAACACAAGAGUUCCGACAGUAUGUCGUAAAACUUACGUUACGCCAAGGCGGCCUUAUGAGAAAGCCAGAUUAGACCAAGAAUUGAAAAUCAUCGGAGAAUACGGUUUACGUAACAAACGAGAAGUAUGGCGAGUAAAAUAUACGUUGGCGAAAAUUCGAAAAGCUGCUAGAGAAUUAUUAACUCUUGAUGAGAAAGAACCUAAACGUCUUUUCGAAGGAAACGCUCUGUUGAGAAGAUUGGUUCGAAUUGGUGUAUUAGACGAAAACCGUAUGAAACUUGAUUAUGUGUUGGGUUUGAAAAUCGAAGAUUUCUUAGAACGACGUUUGGAAACACAGGUAUUCAAAUUAGGCUUAGCUAAGUCAAUUCAUCACGCCCGUGUUUUGAUCCGUCAAAGACAUAUCAGGGUUCAUAAACAAGUUGUAAAUGUACCAAGUUUUAUUGUGCGACUUGACUCUCAAAAACACAUAGACUUUUCGCUGAAAUCUCCCUUUGGUAGCGGAAGACCUGGACGUGUAAAGAGGAAAAAUUUGAGGAAAGCUCAAGGAAAGAACCAAGAAGUUGCCGAAGACGACGAAGAUUAAGCAGUAUAAUAUUAUCCUCUUUUGCUGUAAUCAUUUUUUAAAAAAUGGAAAUAUAACCAUCAUUAAUGAAUUA